CUUUCCCUUUAUAUAUAUCUUCACUUUAAUUGCUCCCUUUGCCCAUCCCCCAAACUUCACAUUCUCACACUUCUUCUCUCUAACUACUCUCUCUAGUCUCUAGCAAUGGCUUCCUCAACAGGACUCAUCAAGCUCUUCCUCAUCAUGGCACUCAUUGCCACGUCAUGCAUGGCCCAAUCCCCCACCGGCGCCCCAACCGUCUCCCCCACCGCCGCCCCAGUGGCGCCGCCACCCCCCACCCCAGCCCCCUCCCCCUCCCCGGCCCCAUCCACCCCCGCCCCCACCCCAGCCCCUGUCGCCGCCCCCACACCCGCCCCCGCCGCCGGAGAAGAAGCCCCCGCCCCCGCCCCGGGCGCCGCCACACCGACCUCCCCCGCCCCGGGCGCCGCCGGCCCCGCUGCCGGGCCAGGUGCCGAUCAGCCGCCUGCCGACGACGGCAACAGCGGAUUCGUGAGCAGGGCUAGCUUCGGCGGCGCCGCCUUCGCGGCGGUGCUUGUGGCGGUGGCUUUGGCAUAGAGCUGCCAGGUGGACGGCGUAGAUCUGUUUUGGAUGAAGAGGGGCUGUUUGGUUAUUUUAUUUAUUUUGUGUCUGUAAUUUUAUUGGAUUUUUGGUGAAAUUUGUUUGUGGUUUGUUUAAUUGAUUUGUAGUGGGGAUCAUUUGUUUUGUUGUGAUUAUUAUUUGGGUGAUACUACACAUGACUCUUGGAUUAUAGCUCGUGGACAUAUUUGUUAUCUAGGGGAGUCACAUGUACAUUGAUCAUCAGAUCCAUCCCUAAUAAAUUUUAUUAUUAUUCUUUUA